AUGGUUAUCAAAUCAGGAUGGGGCCGGAAACACUUAUGCCAGAACGGACCCCCGAAAGAACUUCAAAAUGAUGACUCAAAGCAUAAGUGUGCUACUGAGUUUACUGAUGAAUUCAACUCAGCUUCUAAGAAGCCACCUGCCACUCAACCAUCAAUUUCGAAGCCUUUCUGGACCCCUCCAAAGCGCGGGCAUAUCAAAGUAAAUGUGGAUGCAGGCUGUUUUGCGGAUGGCCAAACCGGGUGGGGAAUGGUGGCUAGAAACUCAGCUGGCCUAGUGAUCCAUUCUGCCACUAAAGUUGAGUUGUUGACAGUUUCCCCCCUCUUAGCUGAAUGUUUGGGUCUGAGAUGGGUUAUUCCUUGGGCAGCUGAGCAAAAUUUCAGCAAUGUUGUGUUUGAAACAGAUGCAGAGAUGGUGGUGAAUUGUAUUCAGGGAACUUUGAAGAUGUAG